AUGGAGAGAGUGUACCGCUGUAACAGUUGUGUUUAUUAGUAACUCUGGUUCAGACCAUCCUCAGUGUUUGGUUUAACGUGUGUAUAUAUAUUAUACUAUAUAUACACACACUAUAUUAUAUAUUAUAUAUGGUGGUGUUCCUAUCAAGUGUAUACUGCUAAGGAAUGGUUUCCUGGCGGCAACGGCGGAGGAGUUAACCCCCCUCACAAUCAUCACAGCUGACUGGCUGCAAAUUCGAUCGCGCAGCCCAGACCUUUGAAAGGGGACAAAAAAUAAGACAUGCAUCAUUGGCAACGAGCACUCCUGCUUUUGGACUUACAAAAGAAUGAAGGCCUUCCCCCGACUCGGCCACCAGCACAAAAUCAAACAGAAGAAGAUGGGAGCAUGUGGAAAGGAGUCCGAAGUUUGGCAACGAAGCUGAUCGAUGCCACCAAUGAUGAGGAACCACUGCCUGAAGUGGAAGGCCUCGAUUACAAACUCGGCAAAAUACAGUAUGCCAUUGGCUAUGAUUUCCGGACACUAACUUUGACCGUAACUAUUUUCCGUGCUUGUCAAUUACCUGCCAAGGACUUCACCGGAACUAGCGACCCUUAUGUUAAAGUGUUGCUCUUACCAGACAAAAAACACAAGUUGCUCACAAAAGUACGAAAGCGUAAUUUGAACCCACACUGGAAUGAGCGUUUUGUCUUUGAAGACUGGCCACACCACAAAUUACUAGAGAAGACCCUUUAUUUUCAAGUGAUUGACUAUGACAGAUUCAGCCGAGAUGACCCGAUCGGAGAAAUUACCAUUCCUUUGAACGAGGUGGAUCUUACACAAAAAAAAAGCACAUGGCGGUUUCUGGAACCAUGCAAAGAGAGUAGGGGCAAGCUUGGUGAGCUGCUUCUCUCGCUUUGCUACCAACCAGCAGUGGGUCGACUCAUUAUUGAAGUGAAGAAGGCUAAAGAUCUCAAAGCUAAAGAUAUCACUGGAACCUCAGAUCCCUAUGUGAAGAUGUGGUUAAUGCAUGGAAACACCAGGGUGGAGAAACGGAAGACCACAAUCAAACGAAGGACCCUCAAUCCCAUAUUUGAAGAGACUUUUAUUUUCGAUAUAUCUUGGGAAAAGAUCCGUGAGUCUCAGAUUCACGUCAUUGUCAUGGACUUUGAUAAACUUGGCCGCAACGAACUGAUUGGUAAGCUGGUGCUGGGCUCACGCAGUGGGCCGACAGAAAUGAAACACUGGAAUGACAUGGUAUCGAAACCACGACAACCAGUUUUACAAUGGCAUCUAUUGAAGGAUUAAUUAUACCUAGCUGUCUACCAUCUGUCUAUAUUCAAAUACACACACACACACACACACAUAUAUAUAUAUGCAAGAUAUAUAUAUAUGUGUGUGUGUGUGUGUGUGCAAUAUAUAU